AUGUGUCUCGGCUGGCGACCUGAAGUUGGCCGCUGUCCUGGGUGUCCAUGGAAACGGCCUGGGCGACCCAAACGGAGGAAUUUCUCAGAAUUUCCAGGCUCCAGGGUCACGAUGAGUGAAGAACUGGCCAAAAUUGGCCUUUACAUCGAUGACCUAUAUCUACUGCGUGUCAUUGAGCCCGAAAUUGCCAACGAAACCAACGAUCUCAAGCAUGAUUGCACGAAUUACAGCGAUAAGCUCCAGGAGUUCCAGACACUCAUCCAAGGCUUCAUAAGAGUGGCCGAUGAGUUUGGCAGCGAAGUGGAGCGCGAGAAGAUCCGCACGAUCGGCAUUCAGAACCUCGUGAAGAACCUGUCGAAGCAGCGCGAGUCUGAACAGCAGCAAAUCCAGGCGCAAAUCGUGGAGAAAUCCUUGGAACUGGAACGUCUCAAGAUCGAAUUGCAGCACUUGCAGCGCAUCGAGUCCGAGCAGCAGGAGAUCAUGGACAACUUCUACCAGACGCAGUAGUUUUUGACUUCA